UCAGCCCCUCGCCGCAGAUUAAAAAAUCAUAACUCUGGCCACCAAAAUGGAAAUAUUAAGAGAAGUGGAGUCUGGUGAAAGAGAAAGAGUGCACCAGCCCAGAAGGGACUCCCAGACUUUUCAUACUGUGAUUCAGUUAACUUUGUUUACACAACCGACUCCAUUCAUUCAUUGAAACAAAAUCACACCCUCUGAGGUGGCUGAUAAGAUUUUAACAGCCUGUGGAGGGGAGAGCCUGUCAUAUUCAUUAGGACUGAACAUUCACAUUCCUAGGACAUUUCCAGUGUGUGUACAGACACAAAAACACACACAGCUGGAAAAGGAGGAGGAGAAAUCUGGUCAUUUAGAAGGCAUGCAUCAUCACCACGCUAGCUGGCAAGCAGUGGAUUCUUAAAACUGUUUUCAUCAUGUGGAUUAAUUGGAGAAAUGAGCUUCCUGGAUCAGACAUGCCAAAUUAUAAACUGGCUCAUUUUCUCUCUGCGUUUGCCCCGGUUGCUGAGACUCUGGAGUGGCCGGUGCCCAAGGACCAGAAAGAAUUUGCUGUUGGGCACAGCCUUUGUGAUCUAUCUGGGUUUCCUCAUCAGUCAAGUAGGCCAUGUUGUACCACAGCACAAAGGAGGACCUCCAAAGGAAAGCACUUGGAAUCUUCAAGAUGCUGACCAGACCCUUUCUCUUGAAAUCCCAUUGGAUGGCACCUUGUUGCUUCCAGACUUGGAAAGACCCACAGUGGGGACAAAUGACACUUCAGCAUUGCCCAACGUGGUGUACAUCACCCUGCGCUCCAAGCGCAGCAAACCUGCCAACAUCCGAGGCACUGUGAAGCCUAAGCAAAGGAAGAAGCAAGCCAUGUCAAUGCACUUUGGAAACAGGUAUCCGCUAACUGGCAUGAGCCAGGAGAAGACCUUCAUCCAAAAAUUACUUCAUGGGACUAGUGAGUCCACAAGCAAGGGGAGAACAGCUAUUCCAGAAAAAUCCAGGCAGCCCCACAGGGAAGAAUACAAAGAGAAAGAAGUGUCAAGAAAUGAUAAAAGGCACUGGAGACCUGCAAUGACAAUAAAAAAUGGGCAUGUUCAACCCAGUGCUCAGGAGAGUAAUAUCAGGAUAUAUAGUGAGAGCCCACCACCUUGGCUGAGCAAAGAGGACAUCUCCAAUAUGCGUCUUCUGGCAGAUGCCAAAAUAGACAGUGUCCAAGAGGCACCUUUUCAACGCGGCGUACUUCUAGUAUUUCGAAAGACUGCUGCUGUGAACAGGCCAACCAAAGGCAGUGUUUGCAGCCAAGGACACUGCGGGCUUAUCAAGAGGCCUUUUGACAUGAGUGAAGUGUUUGCCUUCCAUUUGGAAAGAAUCCUGGGGCUGAACCGGACCUUGCCUACAGUAAGCCGGAAAUCAGAAUUUGUACUAGAUGAUCAACCAUGUCCUAUUAUUCUGUGGGAUCCUUCCUUGGCUCAGACAGACAAUGAGACACACUCAUCAGUGAAGCUGAAUUGGGGGGCCUACAAGGAACAGCUGAAGCACAAGUGCUGGCAAAACGGCAAAGUGCCCAAAGUAGAAUGGGGAUGUAUUGGCAUCCAUCAUUAUGAAUGGUCCAAGAUGGCACUCCUUGAUUUUCUUUUACAGAUAUAUCACCGCUUGGAUAAGAACUGCUGUGGGUUCAAACCACGUAAGGAGGAUUCCUGUGUACAGAAAGGUCUGAGUGGGAAUUGCGAUGACCAAGAUAACAUUGCUUUGACACAUAUUAUCCAGAGAAAAGAUGAUCCAAGGCAUUUGGUUUUUAUAGACAAUAAAGGCUUCUUUGAUCGUAGUGAAGAUAAUCUGGAUUUCAAAAUACUGCAAGGCAUAAAUGAGUUCCCUGAAUCAGCAGUCUCUAUGCUGAAAAGCCAGCGCUUGCGAGAAAAGCUUCUUCAGUCUUUGUUCCUUGACAGAAUUUUUUGGGAAAGCCAAGGUGGUCGACAAGGCAUUGAAAAGCUGAUUGAUGUGGUUGAACGGAGGGCCAAAAUUCUCCUCACCUACAUUAAUGCACAUGGAGCAAAAGUACUCCCAAUGAAUGAAUGAGGCAGCUAUCCUAUGCAUAGUUAUGUGAGAGUAAUCCUCACUGAAGACAGCAGUAUUUACAUCUAAAUGUUGUUGAACAUCAGAUCUCAGCAAGCUGAGCCAAUAUAGCCAGGAAUGAAGAAUGCUGGGAGAUGCAGUUCAGUAACAUUGAGGGCUGCACAGUUCCCAUGACUGAUCUAAAUAAACAAGGAUCAUGCUGUGAAUGAAUGAUAUUAGAAAUAAAAAACACACAGACUCUACCUGAUGUAAAAUUAAUCAAUUCUUUUAUAUUGCAGUCCUAAAAACAUUUGCCAAAUAGUAACUUCUUUUGAACUUAGUGGACUUACUACUGAGUAGACUUAUAUAUGAAUGCACUAUCAUUUCCCAACAUCUCAACAAAUAAUAAAUCUAACAUUUUAAAAUAGGAAUUCAUAAAAAUAACCAGGACAGCUAGAGGUUCUCUAACCAUGGAUCUAACUUUAGCACUAUGGUCCAAAACACACUGCAGAAAUAAUCCAGUUUGAGAGAACUUUGGGUCCAUUCACAUUACAAA